AUGGCGAUUCGUUUUUUCUCUCUCUUCUUGCUAUACAGAGCGGUUUUUGCGGAAUUACUGCCGGUCUCCGAAAGCGAUGGACGCGUUCCAACGACCGACGAUGUUCACGUUCAACUCCAGAAAUUGCGAGACGAUGUGAAAAUCCUGAAAGAGACUUACCAACAAGUGGUCGUCGACGUUACGGCACACACACAGCACAAGGACGAAAUAGGGAAACAUGAGAUGGAAAUUCAAGCCCUCAAACAAAUUGUUGCCAGAUUGGAAGAAAGGCUCGAAGUCCUACAGGAAGAAAGAAGAGGACCUGACAAACCAUCGAUACUUACGUCUCCUACACCAGUGAUUGCCAGUUCGUGUGAAGAACUGAGACACUCCGAUGAAGCGCUUAAAUCGGGAAUGUACUGGAUCGAUCCCGACGGACAUGGAACAGGAGAUACACCCGUUUAUGUGUGGUGUAACAUGACUACAGGGUCAACGUCGAUCCUGCACGAUAGCGAGUCGUCCACCGAUGUUGGCCAAUGCUGGGAUGCAGGAUGCUACAGCCGGUUUAUCAACUACAACGCAUCCAUGAGGCAAAUCAUCGCCCUCAUUGAAUUAUCUUCCGUUUGCAGGCAAUCUAUCCAGUACGAUUGUAAAAUGGCUCCCAUGGAAUUCAACGGCGAACCCCAAAGUUGGUGGACUGAUCGAAAUGGAGUGAGACGAAACGACUUUACCGGUGGAAAUUCAGUUCAAUCCAAAUGUCAAUGUGCACUGGAAAAUUCAUGUCUCGAUCGUAAACUGCAAUGCAAUUGCAACGCCCUUUCACCAAUCGAGACUUUCGACAAAGGUAUCAUCACGGACAAAUCCUCUCUUCCCGUUACGCGGAUUGAAUUUUGGCCGGAUCUUAACUCAACCGUCUUCCGGCCGGCAUAGUCUGAGUCGCUUGGAAUGCUAUGGUCGUCAGCCAGUACAAAGUCCUAAGC